CGGCUCCCAUCGCGGCUCCCGGGCGCCCAGCUGGGACCGCGGCAGCAGCGGCGGCGGCGGCGGCGGCGGCGGCGGAGGCAGCCGGUCACUCCACCGCGCGAGCCGCGCACACCUAACCCGCCGGCCCCGGCGCUCUGGCUCCCGGAAGCGGAAGGGGAGCGCGUCCCGGCUAGGGCGGUGGCGGCGGGACUAGAGGAGGAGGAGGAGGCGGAGGGGGAAGAAGCGGAGGUGGAGGGGGAAGAGCUGCCGGCGGCCGCGAGAACAGCGGCGGGGAGAGGCGAGCCCCCGGCGCCGAUUCGCACGGAGAACUGCUCUUGAGGAGAGAUCCAUUUGUUGGGAUAUAAUAAAAAGAAUGAAUCAAGAUAAAACCUCUAAAUGCAAGUACCAGAAAAAUUACAGCACAUCUCAGUGAAUUUGCAGGUGGUUGAUCUUUCCUUGUGGCUUGGCAGGCAGUCAUAGGACUGCAAAAUGGGUCUCCGGAUUCACUUUGUUGUUGACCCACAUGGUUGGUGCUGCAUGGGUUUGAUUGUCUUUGUCUGGUUAUACAACUUUGUUUUAAUUCCCAAAAUUGUCCUCUUUCCUCACUAUGAAGAAGGACAUAUUCCAGGCAUAUUAAUAAUAAUAUUCUAUGGCAUUGCCAUAUUUUGUCUGGUUGCCUUAGUGAGGGCCUCAAUAACUGAUCCAGGAAGACUCCCUGAGAACCCAAAGAUCCCACAUGGAGAAAGGGAGUUCUGGGAAUUGUGUAACAAGUGUAAUUUGAUGAGACCAAAGCGUUCCCAUCACUGCAGCCGCUGCGGCCACUGUGUUAGGAGAAUGGAUCAUCACUGUCCAUGGAUUAACAAUUGUGUUGGUGAAGAUAAUCACUGGCUUUUUCUGCAGUUGUGUUUCUACACUGAACUUCUUACUUGCUACGCACUGAUGUUUUCUUUCUGCCACUAUUAUUACUUUCUUCCACUAAAAAAGCAUAACUUGGACCUCUUUGUUGUUAGACAUGAAUUGGCCAUAAUGAGACUAGCUGCCUUUAUGGGCAUUACAAUGUUAGUUGGAAUAACUGGACUCUUUUAUACUCAACUAAUUGGCAUCAUCACAGAUACAACAUCUAUUGAAAAGAUGUCAAACUGUUGUGAAGAAAUAUCGAGACCCCGAAAGCCAUGGCAGCAGACCUUCUCAGAAGUUUUUGGCACUCGUUGGAAGAUCCUGUGGUUUAUUCCUUUCAGGCAGAGGCAACCACUGCGAGUUCCCUACCACUUUGCCAAUCACGUCUAAACAGAUGGAUGGUGGGCACAGAUGGGUCCUCCAUGCUGGAAAUGCGUUACAGGUUUUCUGAUAAUAGAACUAUGACAGUCUUCAAGUCAAUUAAAAUCCACCCACCAAUCUUAAGCAUCAUAAUGUGCCCCAGGCUUUAUUUUAAUAGUGAUCUUGAUCCUGUUGUGGGACUAAUACAUGAUCUAUAUUUAAGUUUUAAAGCAUGUUUACUUUCAAAUUAGCUUUCCACAGGGAUUUCUUUAAAUGCUUUUGUUAUUAAACUCAAAAGGCAGUGAUUGGGAUGAAGUAAUUGUACAUAAUUUCUUUUAGUACUGACAGUGUUACAGAUUUUACUUUAUGGGAAACUUCGGAUGUUUAUUUAAAAUUUUCACCCUUAAGCAGUACUAACCAAAUCUGAAUUUCAUUCUUUAGGUUUUACAAAAGUUGAUACGCCUUACAUGUAAAUUUUCUUUUUCAAAUACAAUUUUAUGUUAUACUUCC